GAUGACAGUAGAGAAAGAAAAUUAGUUUAUGUCGUUCCGUCAAAGAAUAAUAAUCGCGCGUACGGUCAUAAUAAACUAUUCAAAACAUUUAUUGAGUAAACAAAGUGCAAUUAACUGUCGCUUUAAUCGUUAUGUAGCAGAGUUGUUAUUAGUGCGUAAUUUUUUAAAAGAUUUCUCCAGUGACCUAAGUGUCAAAAUUGAUUUACUGAAGGUUAAUAGUUUUAAUGUCAAAGUUCUUAAAAUAAUGAGUUUUUAUUAUGUUUGAAAAAUUUGUUUGUAAUGUUACUGUAUAAGCUAUGACAUAAAUAUUAGGGUAAAACUGUAGCUUUACAUUAAAAACAGUAAAAACCCUUUUUGUUAUCAAGUGCUAUUAUAUUAGAGUGUCAUUUAUAUCCUGCAUGCUGUUUUUUAUUAUUUUUGAUAAUGUAUGCCCCGAGUGACCGCAAUGCAUGCCAGUAGCUUAAAAUGUUUUAUUUUGCAUGUAUAGUGCUAUGUGCCGAUUGCUUUUUUUACUAAAGAAACUAUAACUGACUUAAAAAUGAAUUCCUGUGUUCCCAUUAGUGGUGUGAAUGCUAAUAUGGGCUCAGUAUGGAAAAGGCUCCAAAGGGUAAAUAAAAGGGCUGCCAAGUUCCAGUUUACUGUGUCCUACCACCAGCUUGCCAUCGAAUUUACUUCAAAAUGGGAACCCCACAAAUUAUCACUGGUAUGGUCUCGGAGAUCGCGAAGGGUGGUCUCCACCCCCAUGGCUUGGGAACCCACAUUACAAAAUCCUUUUAAAGGGCUGGUUGUCUGGCCCGUCCCAGAAAACCAUCAGGUAUCGAUCACGUUAUUCAAAGACCCCAGAACGAACGAGCUGGAAGAUAAGGAUUGGUCUUUUAUAUUAGAAGAUGUUCCUGCUACCGGUAAACGAAGACAACUGGCCGUGGCGCAUAUUAACAUGCGAAAAUACGCGAGCGUGGAGAGCACGCAAAGCGAAGUCCAAAUUAUAUUUAAGCCCACCUCAAAGAAAAAACUUGUUAACGCCAAAUUGGACUGCACGCUUUCUUGCGUGUUUCUUCGGGAGGGAAAAGCAACUGAUGAAGAUAUGCAAUCAAUGGCUUCCCUUAUGUCGGUGAACAAUAACAGCGACAUUGCACAAAUGGAAGACGUUGAAGAUGAAGAUUAUUCGCUAAACGACAAUAGCAUAAUGAAGAAUAGUUUGCACGAGGUCACGGCGAAUCUUCAACAAAUGACCAACAGUUUAUCGGGGUCAGAUUUUGCCAGCACACCAAUAAGUGUGAACAGUAUACAGUCUUUGUCGCGAGACGACAAAACGCCAACGGCGGAAACUUUUUCGCCGCUCAACGAAAAAUCGAAGCUAGUCAAUUCAGCGCCGGUUUCUGCACCGAAACCGGGGGAUUUUCAGGAACCCGACACCGAUUUCUAUUCGGAACAAUGUUCGGAUUUGCUCGACAAACUCGACAGUCUCGAGGAGGAGAACGAAGACGACUUGGCCAUUGUAAAUCUACCGAGCAGUAGUCCCCCAAUGAAACCCAUACGAAACAGCGUUAACAUAAAACUGCAACCUUUGGAUCUGAAAGAAAUGAUCGAAACACCAAAAUCCUGCCAAAAAUCAACGACGCCCGGCCAGGACUUGCUAGAAUGGUGCAAGGAAAUGACAAAGGACUACCAGGGAGUUAAAGUUGCCAAUUUAACCACCAGCUGGCGUAACGGCAUGGCAUUCUGCGCGUUGAUUCAUCAUUUUGAACCAGAACUUAUUGAUUUUGAAUCUUUAACGCCACACGACGUUAAAGGUAACUGCAAGAAAGCAUUUGAUGCUGGAGAUAAACUGGGAAUUCCUAGAGUAAUUGAACCAACUGACAUGCACAUGCUAGCAGUUCCUGAUAAAUUAGCAGUAAUGACUUAUUUGCACCAGCUGAGGGCACAUUUUACUGGUCAUCAGUUGGAAGUACAACAAAUCGGUAAAACUUCAGAGGAGAGUAACUAUAUUAUAGGUAAAUUUAAUACUGACAAAGAUACGGACAUAACGAAGCAGGUCUUCGGUCAAGAGAUCAUUAACUUGCGCAAAGCAAAGCAAAAAUCUCGAGAAAAUAGCAAGGAAAAGGAAAUGAACCAUGCCAACAAAGAAGCCACAGACGCCAAGCAAAAACUGCACUUGCAACUGAAAAUCACAAACGAACCGGAACCAUUCAGGGAACCAAAAGAACAAUCGCCCACUCUGGUCAAGGAUGUCAAGGAUAUUAUUUUGAGCGGUUCCAAAAAUAUCAUAAGCAAGGUUAUAACAUCGCCGGAUAAGAAUAAUAAACAGCAGCCGCCUCCCAAAAAAGAAGAAAAGAACCCGGAAGUGAAGAAACCGAUGUUGAUGACGCGGCGCGAGCUCACCGAUCCUUUCGGUUCUGACGAUGAAGAGGAAACGGUGGACAAUAAAUCUGCCAAUAAGGUGAAUGGGGACGUUAAUGGCGUUGAAAAUGACGAAAAAGAAACCAAAGAUAAGGAAGGCGAUAUCUUCUCUGACCUUCCAAAACCAAAUGCAUCGGAGGAAGAACGCCAAGCGCAGCUUCGCGAACGAGCGAGGCGGUUGCUUGCCGAAGCCAGACGAGGUUCGACGCCGCCCACCGAAGUCAUCCGAAUCAGUCCGGAGUCCGUAAAAUCGUACAGUGAAGCGGACGACCAGCUUCUACGGAUGGGUGAAGAACUUGCCAAACUUGAGAGGCAAAAUGGAGACGGUUCAGAAACUAACGGAAACAUUUACUCGAAAUUAGCAGAAUACUCAGAAUGCAAAACUAGUCCACAUGAUAUUAAAGAACGAAUUACUCCUGAUAAGUUACCGGACGAGUUAGGAUUAAAAGAGAUGGGUAUAGACGUACAUACGUGGAUAUACAGGGAAAUGGAAGAUCUAGAAAGGGAGGAAUGUUCCAUUGAUGAACAAGCCGCCGUUUUGGAAAUACAACUGAGGAAUGUGAUUAAGUCUAAUACUAGUAAUGAGGAGGAAGAAGCCUUAAUGUCAAAAUGGUUUAUGCUCGUGAACAAGAAGAACGCGUUGCUUAGGAGACAGAUGCAACUUAACAUAUUAGAAAAAGAAGCUGACUUGGAGACCAGAUACAAGAUGUUAAACGAGGAGUUACAGAAAAUAGCCUCAAUAGAAGAUUGGAGAAAAACUGAAGAACAAAGAAACAGGGAGCAAAUGCUUCUAGAGGAACUCGUGCAAAUAGUCAACAAGAGAGACGAACUUGUGCACCAUUUAGACAAUCAAGAAAAAGCCAUUGAAGAAGAUGAUCUUAUCGAACAGGAUUUAUCACAUUUAGAGUUGCAACCCAAGGAUAAAUGUGUAAUUUCCUAAAUUACACAGUAAAAAAAUUGUUUAUUACUCUCAUCUUUUAUUUUUAAUUUAUUGGUGCUUAUUGUGAUAUAUUUAAUUUAAUUUAAUUUUUAGUUGCUUCCCAUAUACAGAUCCAUGUAUAUUUAAUAAAUUUGCUUAUGUUACCUUAAUCCUGACAGAAAUCAUCCUUUCUUUUAUAUCUAAUGUUAGGUAGGUAUCCUAAGAAAGAGUAAACGUGUUUUUUUAAACUUUGUCAAGGAUGUAUAUAAAAAAUCAUGCAAUCUAGACAAAUAUUGUUUAUUUAAAUUAAUUUAUGACUUUGCAUGCCACAUGUAAUCAAGACAUUGUUUUUAGAAUAAACAGUAAUAAAAAUAGUCACUAUUGACUUAUGUACUUAUUCCUGUAAGUAGUUAAAGAAAUUUAAAUUUCUUUAAUUUUUAAAGUUACCAAUUAAAUUCGUAAAAAUUCCAAUUCGUAUAUUUAUUCGACCGAAUUGAAUUAACAUUUUGGCUGUAAUACUCGACCAUCCAUACUUGAAGUGCAAUAUUCAAUUUCGCUUCCCUUCGUGUAAAAUUAAUAAAAUGUAAACAUAUUUAUGUAGCUUUCCCACAUGAUAUUUAUUUUUCCUAGUAAAUAGCAAAUAAGCUUGUUGGUAAUUUAUGUUAUGAAUAUUUGGCAAAAGUUUAUCAAUUUUACAGUUAACUUUCCUCUUUAAGAAAAAAACUUUAUUUUACUUACUAAAACAAAACUUUUGCCAUAAAACAUAAAUAUGUGAUAGUAAUCAGAAAUUGUUUAAUAAGUCAAUGGAUUAAAUAGCCUAUUAUUUAUUUUUGGUUGUAAAAAUGUUGUGUGUAUGUAGAUAGACAUGUUACAUAAAGAUAUUGUGUAAUAAUUGUGAUUUUUUUAAAUUGCGAAGCAUUUGUCAGAAUUUGCUGUAUAAAAUGUAUGCACUUAUCUGUCAAAUACUGUGAAGGCAUAUUUUUUUACAAAUUAGAAUCGGCUUUUUGUGGUUGUAAUAUAACUCUGUUCAAGUCUGUAUAUUUCCAAUGUAUUUAAGUUAAAAACUGUGUAAAUAUAACAACUAAAUUAAAACUA